GUAACAUUGUUUUUUUAUUUUGAGUGUAUUUUUUGGUGUUUGAUUUUUCAAAGAAACCCCGCUCCCUUUUUUUUUUUUUUUUUUUCUUGGCAGCUCCCACGAGACAACAUAUGCGCUCGAUACCUGUGGCGACCACGCUGGCCGUGUUGCUGCUGCUGCUGGUGGCAGGGCUGUUCACAUCAGGCGCCACCGCCGCGUCCCUGACAUUCGCCAGCACUACCAACAGUGAUUGGCUGACUGCCGCCAACUGGAACCCUGCGCAGCUGCCGACCACGAACGACGACGUGACCAUUCCCAACGGCUUUGCUGUCACCUACACGACGGCAGCCACCAAUUUUGUGAAAUCCAUCACCAUUGCCUCGGGUGGAUCUCUCACCAUCAACGGUGCCUCGACUUCCUGCCAACUGACAGUGUCGGGCACCUCCACCACCCCGUCCAAUAUCGCUGGCACGCUGACCGUGUCGUCCCCUGCCAAGCUUGCCCUGAGCUCCGGCACGGGUCGGCUGAACAUCCAGGCCACUGGUUUGCUGGUGUCGAACGGCGGCUCCUUCACUGGCAGCGGCAGCGUGUACAACGACGCUGGCGGCCAGGUGUCCAUCACUUCCUCCACCACCAUGUCUCUGCCAUUCUACCUCCAAGGAACCAGCACCCUCGCCAUGAGCGCCGGCGCGCCGCUCACGCUGACGAGCACCGCCAGCAUUCUCGGUGGCAGCGUGACGAGCGGAGACAGCCUCGCCGUGCUCGUGCUCCAGUCGUCCGCCACCGUGGCGACGUCUGUGAGCCGAAUUCGCGUUGCGUCUUCCGCCACAUUCAGCGGAGCGGCUUCCAUGCAAGUACAAUCGCUGGAAGUGGCUGGAGGCACGGCAACCUUCGCUCAGGCAGUCAACGUGACCGAGCAACUGCUGCUCAGGGGCGGAAGCAUUAACGGCGCGAGCGUCCUGCGCGCGACAGAGUCCUCCUCUGUUUUCAUCCAGCCAACAAACUACAUGUAUGUUUCUGGCUCAGUGACCGUAGAGCUGCGUGGAACCACCAACUACUCGUCGCCCACCUCGCCGUACUACAUGACGACCGACAAUACGGCACGGCUCAUCAACUACGGCUGGAUGGAGAUGCGAUCAACAGUUGCGGAUCAGAUUUUCGUGACUGGCAACGCCGUCGCUGGGUCGGGCUUUUUCAACUAUGGCACCCUGAGCGUCGCUGGCAUGGGUGUCAGACUCAACGGCUUCUUUACCCAUCAGGGCCAGCUUUUCGUGGCAGACAGCCAACUCAAACUCGGCGGCAGUGGUGUGUACAAUGGGUCUGUGACGCUGAACAGCACGCUUGCAUCGAUGGCGUUCACGGGCGGCUCCUGGACGCUCUGGACCGUUCCCAACAACCUGCUGAUUGACGGCGCAACCGUCGGUUUUUGGCAAGAUGCGACUUUGGCUUCGUUUACGCUCAACUCUGGAACGGUGUAUGUGGAGAAGGCGAUCGUCGUCACCACCUCGAUGACACUGCGAACGGGUAACUUUUACUACUCCUCCACACCCGGCAGCAUUACCGCAGCAGCGACCUCCCAGGUGUUAAUCCAACCUACGUCGGUACUCGGUUUGAGCUACCUCCCGCUCAUCCUGAACGGCACGACCACGUUUGUUUGCGGCUCCGCUUCGCUGUACCUGUACAACGAUGGUCGCGUGAAAAACUACGGCUGGCUGAAUGUUGUCGCCUCUCCGGGCUUUCCCAGCAUGCUGAGCUGGUAUCCUGCAGGCACGGUGACUGGAUUUUACAAUUAUGGAGUCAUGAACAUUUCCGCCCCGACACCAGUCACGCUUGGAGCGCCCUUUUUCAACCUCGGUCAGAUCUACGUUGCGAACGGCAUUGUCAAUCUGGCAAAUGGUGGUUUGCAGAACGGCACAGUCACGUUGAACAACACUCAAGCCUCGUUUGUGUUUACGGGAGGCGCUCACGCCGUGUGGCGCGGUGUCGAUCCAAUUUUCCUCGACGGCGGCACGGUCUCUGUCGCGCAAGAUCAGACGACUGGCGGCUUGAUUAUGAACUCUGGCAGUUUGUACGUGAACAAGCAGCUGACCAUUCUGUCGUCGAUGACGCUGCGAGGUGGAUCGUUCAAUUACGACAGCUCCCCAGGCAGUGUAAUUGCCGCGGCAAGCGCUCAAGUGCUGAUUCAGCCCUCCAUUGGCUACAUUUAUUUGUACUACAUUCCGCUGAUUCUCAAUGGCACGACCACGUUUAUCUGCAGCACAUACUCGCUCUACUUGAGCUACGAUGGUCGCUUGAUCAACAACGGUUGGAUGAAUGUCGUCGCCGCCCCGGGCCUUCCCAGCAUGCUGAGCUGGUAUCCGUCGGGCUCCUUGACUGGAUUUUACAAUGACGGAGUCAUGAAUGUGUCCGCCCCGACACCGGUCACUCUUGGAGCGGCGUUUUUCAAUCGCGGUCAAAUCUAUGUUGCCAGCGGCACGGUGAAUCUGGCAAAUGGUGGUUUGCAGAACGGCACAGUCACUCUGAACAACACUCAAGCGUCGCUUGUGUUUACGGGAGGCAUUCACGUCUUGUGGCGUGGUGUCGAUCCCGUUUUCAUCGAUGGCGGCACGGUCUCUGUCGCGCAAGAUCAGACGAUCGGCAGCUUGAUCUUCAACUCUGGCAGCUUGUACGUGAACAAGCAGCUGACCGUACAGACGUCGAUGACACUGCGAGGUGGCACCUUCUCGUAUGACAGCGCAGCAGGCAGCAUUAUUGCUGCAUCCAGCUCUCAAGUUCUGAUUCAGCCCUCCAUUGGCUACAUUUACUUUUAUUACAUUCCGCUGAUUCUCAAUGGCAUCACCACGUUCAUCAGCAGCUCGUACGCGGUAUACACGGGCUACGAUGGUCGCUUGAUCAACAAUGGAUGGAUGAAUGUCGUCUCGACUGCGCCCGCCACCAUGCUAGGCUGGUCGGGCGUCACUGCGGACUCGGGCUUGCAUAAUUACGGCACGCUCAAUGUUUCAGUCUCCGCUUCUGGGCCCCUCGUUUUUGCAGCAGCUUUCAAGAAUUUUGGCCCGGUCUACGUCGCAAAUGGCAAUCUGAAUCUCGCGGCUGGUGGUGUGCAGAACGGCACGGUCACUCUGAACAAUACUCAAGCGUCAGUUGUGUUUACUGGAGGCACUCAUUUCUUGUGGCGCGGUGUCGAUCCCGUUUUCAUUGACGGCGGUACGGUUUCCCUUGUGCAAGAUCAAACCAUUGGCGGCCUGAUUUUCAACUCUGGCUCCAUGAUGGUGAACAAACAGCUGACCGUACUGUCAUCCAUGACGUUGCGAGGUGGCACCUUCUCGUAUGACAGCGCAGCAGGCGGCAUCAUUGCUGCAGCCAGCUCUCAAGUGCUGAUUCAGCCCUCCAUUGGCUACAUCUAUGUGUACUACAUUCCACUGAUUCUCAAUGGCACCACCACGUUCGUCAGCAGCUCGUACGCGGUAUACACGGGCUACGAUGGUCGCUUGAUCAAUACCAGAUGGAUGAAUGUCGUCGCGACUGCGCCCACCACCAUGCUGGGCUGGGCGGGCGUCACUGCGGACUCGGGCUUGCAUAAUUACGGCACGCUCAACGUGUCCGUGUCUGCAUCUGGGCCAAUCCUUUUUGGGGCGGCAUUCAAGAAUUUUGGCCUGGUCUACGUUGCAAAUGGCAAUCUGAAUCUUGCAGCCGGUGGUUUGCAGAACGGCACGGUCAUUUUGAACAACACUCAGGCUUUGGUUGUGUUUACUGGAGGCACUCAUUUCUUGUGGCGUGGUGUCGAUCCCAUUUUCAUUGACGGCGGCACGGUUUCCCUUGUGCAAGAUCAGACAGUUGGCAGCUUCAUUUUCAACGCUGGCUCCAUGAUGGUGAACAAGCAGCUGACCGUACUGUCAUCCAUGACGCUGCGAGGUGGCACCUUCUCUUAUGACACCGCGGCAGGCAGUGUCACUGCCGCAGCGACCGCGCAAGUACUGAUUCAGCCCGUCCUGAGUUACGUCUAUUUGUACUAUAUUCCGCUGAUUCUCCGUGGCACCACCACGUUUAUCGGCAGCACAUACUCGGUCUACACGGGCUACGACGGUCGCUUGGUCAACAAUGGAUGGAUGAACGUUACAUCAUCAUUUACUACAACCGUGCUCGGCUGGUCGGGCGUAGGGGCAGACUCGGGCUUGCUCAAUUACGGCACGUUGAAUGUGUCUUCUCCCGCGCCAAUCUAUUUUGGAGCGCCUGUCUCUCAUCAUGGCGUCAGCACCCUUGCUGGGCGGGUGAUUUUCAGCGCGGGUGGCCGGAUGAACGGCACCGUCUCGUUCUACGAUGCUACUUCGAUGCUUUGGUUUACCGCUGGAGUGUUUGAUGUCAUCGUUGCUCCAUCGCGUUUCCAAGUCAGUGGAACCACGACCGUGGUGCCACGAAGCGCCAUCACUGUGCAGCAACUGUGGAUUGACAGCGGCGUGCUUCAGACCAACUAUGAUGUGGUGGUGACGGAUCUUUGCACCAUCCAAGGCGGGCAAAUCACGUAUUCCGUCUCUCCUGGUCGCCUGUACUUGACGUCGAGCAGCCGCACCACCAUCUCCAUUGCCAGUGCCUUCACCAGCAACUUGCCAAUCUACUCGUAUGGCCCUGCGACCUGGAUUACUGCAGAUGGUGGCACGAGCUUCACCCUGACGUCGCCUGGCAGGUGGUUGAAUUUCGCGCCGUUAACCAUGAACCGCACCUCGGCGGCGUUCACCGGAACCGGUGGCUUUUACAACUACCACAACAUCACCACUCUCCAGUCUGCCACCAUCAGCCCCAGCAUCUUUGUGCAAGGUGGCACCAUGCAGGUUGUUUCCGGGACACAGACUGCCUCGUUCACGUCGGUGCUCGCGAACGCCACGAUGGAUGUGGCCGCUGCCGGAACUCUAGCCGUGUCGACUGCAACGGCGUGGGUAGCUGGCUCCACCCUUCGUGGAUGCGGCACGGUCACAGCAGCUUCAUCCGUUGCGCUGCGAGGCAACAUCGUUCCCGGCUGCUCUGCUGCCGCGUCGAUUCUGACUUGGACGGGCGCCAUGUCCAUGGCUGCCACCACCGUCACCAGCAUUCAGGUCUACCCUGGACCAGUGAUGAGCUCGCUGGUUGUGUCUGGCAACGUGGCGCUGAACGGAAAUGCGUCGUUCGAGUUCCGUGACGGAUUUACCGUGGCUCCUGGCCAAUAUGUGAACAAUCGCGUGCUGACUGCCAACUCUGUGUCCGGCAGCUGGCUGUCGUCGUCGAGCUUGCUGACAGUUGUCACGCUGAUCAACACUGUGAAUGUGACUCUGAACGCAACUGGCUCGUGCACGAACUGCAGUGCCAUCACUGGUGUGUGUGACGUGAUCAACUCGCAGUGUGCCUGCGUCGCCAACUACCACGGCAGCUCCUGUGAAUGUCCCGGCAACGCAACCCACGCGUGCAAUGGCCAUGGUGCAUGCAGUCCCUUUGUCACGGCUUGCGCGUGCGACACCGGCUACUGGGGCGUGAGCUGCGCCAAUUCGUGCCCAGGCGGUGUUGGACCCAGCACUUGCUCUGGACACGGCACCUGCUCGCAAGCCAACGGACUGUGCACCUGCACUACAGGGUAUGGUGGCACGGACUGCCAGUGCCCCAGCAGUUCGUCGGCACAGAUCUGCUCGGGACAUGGCACGUGCGCCGCUGGCGUGUGCACAUGCGCGUUUGGAUACUUUGGUUUGGAUUGCAGUGGUGUUUGUCCCGGCGGGUUCAGUACGCCGUGCAACAAUCAUGGUGUGUGCAACAGCCUCACCGGCGCAUGCGACUGCUCAAGCAGCGGGUAUUCCGGCUCUGCUUGUGAAAUUCCGCCUGUUUCGACCACGCCAUUCUCGUCGACGCCGGUCGUGUCGACGACAUCGUCUGCGACGCCUGUGAACUCUGAGCAGUCCUCGGCAUCAAGCACGGUCGGCGCCAGUAGCACUCCCGCAUCGUCGGCGACAUCGCAAACACCCUUUUCCAGCACGCCCUUCUCCUCAACCGUCCCGUCAUCCACGCCUUCUUCUGCAACCCCAGUGUCGUCAAACACGCCCAUCCCGACCUUCUGUCCGUACGGCUACUAUGGCCCAGUGUCUGGGUGUGCGUCGAUCUGCCCCGGCGGUGCAACGACUCCGUGCACGAAUCACGGUGAUUGCGACUAUGUGACUGGCGUGUGCACUUGCACGGAUCCAGACUUUGGUGGAGUGGCGUGCAGCUGCCCUGCUCGAGCUGGUCAGGUCUGCUCCAACAGGGGCGCAUGCACGGCCAACCCAAGUGUUUGCCAGUGCUCGAGCCUGUCCUGGGGCGGCCCAGCUUGCGAGUGCCCAGCCCACCUUGGCAACACGUGCAACAACCAUGGCACGUGCAUGCACGACGGACAGUGCGUAUGUGAUCCCGGCUACUGGGGCGCUGAUUGCUCGAUUCACUGCGCUUUGCCUCCCGGCGCGCCUUGCGACUGGUGCAAUCCGGCCAACUCUUGCCCGACGACACCAUCGGCACCCUUCUUUGUCUUUACCGGCUCUGCGUUAUCUUUCCCAACCAACUUUGGCACCUUUGGCUCUGGCUCUGGCUAUCUUGUGCACGGCGGCGGGUCUGGCGGCUACCUCAUUCAAGGCACAACGUCACCGAGCGUGGUCGACUACGCUUGCGCCACCAAUGCGGCGCCCGUUGCGUUUUCGAACGGCACUGUGGCUGAGCUGUCGGUGCGGAUUUCGGCGUCCAACUUUUACAACUGCCCUGCGAACAACACGUGCGUUGGCUCGUUCUCUGCCGUGAUUGCGGAUUCAGACUCGGACACGGUGGUGUACCUGUCCCUUGGGUGGAAUGUGAUUGUGUUGUCGAAUGGCACACACACUGUCGCUGCGUACAACAACACAUCGCUGCGCCACACGUAUCGCAUCUCGCUCAACCAGACCGGCAACGGACUGGUGACGCUGGACUACGAUGGUGUUCCGCUGCUGCAGUUGCCGCUGACGCUGACCUUCCUGACCAACCCCUCGCCGCGCUACCCGCGUGGUUCGUUCUGCAUCGGCGACGACAGCACGGACUAUGGCGGUGAGAGCUUACUGCAGUACAUCUGGGUGGCGCCGAGCGCGCUGGCCUCCACGACCGCUUGUGACUACAUUCCUGCAGAUAGUCAAGCCGAGUGCAGCAGCGUCGAUCCGCAGUGCUACUACUGUGGUGCCAGCGGCAGUUGCUCGGAUGUUCUUGCGUCAAACAUUUCGAGUUGCUUUUUCGAUGCUGUUGUGGAGGAGGUCGUUCUGUUCCCCAUCCCGAUGUCUGCUGACCAACGCCAAGCGAUCGAGUACUCGACUGGAGCGCUGAACUUUUUCAUUGUGUUUGUGAUUGUCCUGGUUUCGAUCGCGUCCAUCCAAGACUCUCCCGAGCACCCAGAGCUGCAGUCCGAUGUCUGGAACUUUAUCGAUCGCGUGCAACGCGUGGCCAGCAUGGGCUUUUUGCGCGCCAAGCUGCCGGAAUCGUUUGUCGUGUACACCGGCAUGAUGGCGUGGAUUAAUUGCCACAUUGACAUUCUCGGGACCAGCUUCCAAGAGUACGAUCCUGUCACUGGCGAGCGUCGGUUGCUCGACAUUGACCAGGUCGUGUCCUUCCUUGGCAUGGACGAGCGUCAGUUGAUUUUCAACACGUUGCUGAUUAUCGGCGUGCUCCUGGCUCUUGUUCUGGUCGUGGCCAUCAUCCUGGUGAUUGGAACGAGCUUGCGUCUGUGCUGUGCACCGCGGCUGGAUCGCAAGCUUUCGCGUGCGGCCAAGCUGCGUGCGCUCGCUCGCCACUACACGCCAGCCACCAUGUUGCGCGUGCUGGCCCUGGCCUACUAUGGCCUGUGCUUGGCUGUGUUUGCCCAGCUGACCAUCAGCGGCGCAACGUCGUACCAGACCAACGCGUUCGUUGCGUCGGUCAUUUCCUUGGUCGCGUUGGUGGCCGGCUUGCCUCUGUUGUGGUGGUACAUUAUUGUGUAUCGCAACAAGCUCGACGUCAAGCACCAGCUCGGUCCUCGAUUCGGCAAGAGCGAAAAGAAGCCAAAGAAAAAGUCAAAGACGGAUUCCGACGCGGGCAAACCAACCGAGAAGGACGAGACGCCCAAGCAAGUUGCUCAUUUCGACAAGCGGUUUGGUGUCGUGUAUGGAACCUACAAUGCGCUCAACCGACCGUUCGGCUUGGCCUUUAUGGUUCGCAAGCUCGUUUUUGCCAUUCUGAUCUCGACCGCAGCCAUCACCCUUCGUGUGCAAGUGGGUCUGGUUGUGGGCCUGAAUCUGCUCUUGCUGCUUCUCUGGAUUGGACGCCGGCCGUUCAAGAGCAAGUUUGAGUUCUGGAGCGAAUCUGUCGGCUGCAUUUUGGACUGCAUUUCCUUCCUGUUGCUGCUCGCGUACGAUCCCAACCAGCCAUCUGGGGCGCCCACCGCAGCGGAGGCUGCCUUGAUUAUUUCCUACGUGGCUAUUGCUGUGCAAGGCUCGUCGGUGCUUUGGAGCACCAUGACUGUAAUCCGGACGAAGAUUGCCAACCGACGCCAUCGACGAGCGAUGGCCGAAAGAGGAGACGUGGCUGUGGUGGAAAUGCAGCAGAACGAUUUGGUCAAUCCGCUCAGCCAAGUCAGCAAAGCCAGUGAGGCGCAGGCAGUCCACAUUGAGAGUGUGUACGAGAGCACGCCAGUUGCCGCUGGAGUCAGCGCUCAAGCCGAUCCCAUCUACCACAGUCCCUCCGAUGCACUGCCGUCCAGCGACUAUGAGACGAUUGCCAAGCAGGACGAGUCGGCUCAAGCCCACUGGGUUUGA